AUGACGUCCAUACUCUCUGUUCUCUGCCUUGGGCUGAGGCUGGACUUGAGGACCCGUGUGCAGGCAGGGACCCUCCCCAAACCCACCAUCUGGGCUGAGCCAGGCCCUGUGAUCCGCUGGGGGGUUCCCGUGACAAUCUGGUGUCAGGGGACCCCAAGGGCUGAAUGGUACCAUCUGUACAGAGAGGGAAGCACAGCAUCCUGGUACCAACUGAUGACACUGAAUCCCGGGGACAGAGCCAAGUUCUCCAUCAGACACAUGAGAAAUCCUGAUGCAGGGAGAUAUCGCUGUUACUAUUAUAGUCCCAGUGGCCAGUCAGAGCGCAGUGACCCCCUGGAGCUGGUGGUGAUAGGAUCCUACAGCAAACCCAGCCUCUCAGCGCUGCCCAGUCCUGUCGUGACCUCAGGAGGGAACGUGACCCUCCACUGUGGCUCAGGGCAGGGAUUUGACAGGUUCCUUCUGACUAAGGAAGGAGAUCACAGGCUCUCCGGGACCCUGGACUCACAGCCACAGACAAGUGGACAGUCCAAGGCCCUGUUCCCUGUUGGCCCUGUGACCCCCACACAGAGGUGGAGGUUCAGAUGCUAUGGCUGCUACAGGAACAGAUCCAACGUGUGUUCACUCCCCAGUGAUGCCCUGGAGCUCCUGGUUCCAGGUGAGUCUGGGAAGCCCUCCCUCCUGAGCCAGCAGGGCCCCAUCGUGGCCUCUGGACAGAGCCUGACCCUCCAGUGUCGCUCUGAUGUCGGCUAUGACAGAUUCGCUCUGCACAAGGAGGGGGGACGGGGCCUCCCCCGGAGCCUUGUCCUGCAGCCCCAGGCUGGGCUCUCUCAGGCCCACUUCCUCCUGGACACUGUGAGCAGCUCCCACGGGGGCCGGUACAGAUGCUACGGUGGAUACAACCUCUCCUCUGAGUGGUCGGCCCCCAGUGACCCCCUGGACAUCCUGGUGGCAGGACACCUGGUUGUCAGACCCUUCCUAUCGGUGCGGCCACGCCCUGGGGUGGCCUCAGGAGAGAACGUGACGCUGCUGUGUCAGUCCCAAAGCUGGAUGGACACUUUCCUUCUGUCCAAGGAGGGGGCAGCUGAUCCUCCCCUAAGUCUGAGAUCAAAGCACCGAGCUCAGCAGUGCCAGGCAGAGUACUCCAUGAGCCCUGUGACCUCUGCCCACAGGGGCACCUACAGGUGCUACAGCUCACACCGCACGUCCCCCUUCCUGCUGUCACUCCCCAGUGAGCCCCUGGCGCUCCUGGUCUCAGGACCCUCUGGAGGCCCCAGCCCCCCACCCACAAGGUCCACCUCCACAGCUGCCUCACACACAGUAGACUACACAGUGGAGAAUCUCACUCGGAUGGGCGUGGCUGGCUUGGUCCUGGUGGCCCUCGGGGUGCUGCUAUUUCAGGCUCAAAACGACACCAGAAGGGCCUUCGAUGCAGCCAGGAUGUGAACACAGAGGGAACAAUGCACCGUUCAGAGUGGGGGAGUCUUGGAGGCCAUCUGAGGAUCCCAGGAGGUGCUGAAGGAAAGUGGGGACCAUUGUUGGGGAAUCUGUCUGUUGAGAAUGCCCAUGGAGAGUGGAUGUGGUCGGCGAGGUCU